CAGGUCCUGAAUAUGCCCAGUGACCUCACUGGGGGGGGCGGUCCGUCCCUCCAGCACACGCCCCUGCUAUAAGCACGGAGAAGGGGAGACUGAGGGGACCGCUGGAGCCCAGGAGAGGAGGAAGACUGCCAGCAGGCCCCAGCUCCACCGUCACCCUGCCCACCAGCGGGAAUGGCACAGACCGUCGUCCUGGAUGGACCAGCCCCAUGGGGCUUCCGCCUCUCAGGGGGAAGGGACUUCAACCAGCCCCUGUCUCUGUCCAGGAUCACUCCCGGCAGCAAAGCGUCAAUGGCUAAUCUGUGUGCCGGGGACCUCGUAGUGGCCAUAGGAGGAGUCCCUACUGAGGACAUGACCCACUGUGAGGCUCAGAACAGGAUCAAAGAGGCCUAUCAUCAGCUCAGCCUCUCCAUCAAACGGCCAGAGACCAGACUAUGGUCCCCUCAUGUCAUACAGGAUGGCAAGGCCAGUCCCUUCAAAAUCAAUUUAGAGGCAGAACCACAAGAGUACAAGUCAGUCGGCACCAGCCACAACACACGGGCCCAACCAUUCGUGGCAGCUGCUAACAUUGACGACAGAAGGCAGGUGGUGAGUGCAGCCUACAACUCGCCCAUAGGGCUGUACUCAACAGGCAAUAUUCAGGACGCCCUUCACGGACAGCUGCGGGGCCUCGUUCCCGACAAACCAGAGAGUAAGAAGCUGACCUCCAUUGAGGAGUCCCAUGUGUACCGUAUGCUGCAGGAGAAAGAGGAGGAACCCCACGAGCCUCGACAGUCCGGCUCCUUUAAGGCCCUCCAGGGCAUCGUGGAAAAUGAUGGUGCUUGGCCCAUCAUCACACGGACGGUAAAGGCUCCAGUGACAAAGCCCACAACCCCCACUGGCACCCUGCAGAAACUGCCCAUGUGUGACAAGUGUGGAAACGGCAUUGUAGGGACCGUAGUGAAGGUUCGUGAAAACUUCCGCCAUCCUGGAUGUUUUGUCUGUUCCGAUUGCGAUAUGAGCCUGAAGCAGAAGGGCUACUUCUUCGUGGAGGGCCAGCUGUACUGUGAAACCCACGCGCGCGCCCGCAUGAAACCGCCCGAGGGGCACGACCUGGUGGCCACGUACCCCUCGGCGUAGAUCACCGCACCCAGCAUGCAACAGAGUCCACAGCCCGUGGUGCUCCUGCACACCGUGGACCACCCCCCUCCCCACAAACAAAAUCCACGAGGACAGUAAAAACCAGGCCCCACUAUGAUUAUGUUUGUUAAUGUGCCACAUCAAGAAUUGGGCCCAAGCAUUAACGUACAACACAUUUUGAUCCGUCUUAUUGCUAAUGAUGUCCUCCUGAUUUAUGAGAGUAUAUUGACCGACAAAGGAUUUUUUACUACUAUUUAAAAGUAAAAACCUAUUUCACUCACUGUAUGGUCUGGAUACAUAUUCCGACAGUGCAGUGACUGUGGUUGGAUAUGCCAUUAAAUGGCUCGGUAUUGUUUCAUUAAGCGGGUAUACCGAGCCUCAUCCUGCAGGGAUGAGUCCUGAAUCGAUCGGGCAUCUCUGGUCUGUUAGUUGACAGUUCUACAUCACGAUAAGCAGCACAGGUGGUUGACUGCUGAGGGAAAAGGAGUUCAGGUCAGCUGCACCAAUGAUCUAAACACAACUGAGGCUAUUACGGAUGGGCAUACAACUGUGAAUGGGCAUUGCAAACUGGGGGAUGAAAAUAAUACAAUGUUUUAAAAGGUAAUGUGCCCAUUCUAACUGAUGGAUUUGAGUCAAUAUAGCCAUAUAGGUUGUAUACAGCCCAUCUUUAUUAUGUUUUUGUUUUGGUGGAGAGGGUGUGGGAUGGGGGUUUAGACUGAACACAUUUGGAUUGCCAAUUAUUUUUUCAUUUCACUGCCAUUUCACAAAGCACACGGAAAGUUGCCAUACUUGCUUCCUGUUUAACCUGAUGUUUUUGAGUUUUGCACAUUAGCUAUUGUGAAUAUUAAAGGAAUGCUUAACUCUGUGAAUUCGUUCAAAUAAAGAAACGCUGAAGCGUGACUUCUUCAGUCGCAAAGAAC